CGACCUUUUCUGUGUUUAGGGAAGUGAUUGAAUCUGCGCUUCUGAGUGUCUCCGUACCAGCUUUAACUGACUUCUGAUUUCUAUUCAUAAAUCCUCUAAUCUGUGUCCAUUUAUCCUUUAACUAAUGCAGUCGCUCAGUAAAACCCCCACAGCCAGGCUGAGUUUUGAAUUAAUGAACGAGUGAGACUGUUAUCCUCGAUAAAAGCAGCUCUCUGUUGUUCUUGUGCUCUUUCACCUCACAGCAUUCAGCUGACAUGUGGGAAUGGCAGAUUUUGAGUCUCAUAGGCUUUAUCUCUCUAGUUCUUCUUGUCAUAGCGGUAUGUUAUAUUUUGUACUCUGGACUGACCACUGAAAUCCACAUCAGGACUGGUUUACCCCCGGUCAGGAGCAUCACUAUAGCCUAUAAAUACAAAGUGGGACCUUAUAAAGACUGUGGGUCACUGUUCAGAGAGAGCUGCAGCAUUGGACCCAAGCUGUCACGCAUUGGGAUCUUUUAUGAUGAUCCGAAGAAGGUUCCAGCACAGAAGUGUCGCUAUGCAGUGGGUAGUAUUUUGAGUGAAGGCGAGGACGGACCCAAUGAGGAACAGCAGCAGCUGUAUGAGAAGAACGGCUUCCGGGUUUUUUCUUUCCCAGAGGUCACACAUGUUGUCACAGCAUCCUUCCCUCACCGAACCCCUCUCUCUAUUUUCCUGGGGGUGCAGAGGGUCUAUCCAAAGCUGAACUGCUACAUCAAGGAAAGGAAGUUGUGCGCACAUCCAUUUCUAGAGAUCUACCGAGGGGGAAUGAUCCACUAUAUGGGUCCGCUGGCUCGGCAGGGUGAUUUCUAUGUUCCCGAAGUUAGAGAGGCCCAAAGAUGGUUAUUGGGAAAAGAGUCUGAAGAGGACGGGAGGACAGACAUCACAGGUGCUGACUCCCACAGCGAGCGCAGUUCCGUGAGCCGCCUGCCCCCCUCGGAAAGCCGGGACACCUCACCUGCCCCGUCCACCACGCGGACGCACUCACACGGAGACGGAGAUCAACACUGGGACUUUGACCAUGUGGAGAGAAGCGACACCUCCAGCGUUUCUUCCUUCGAGGAGCUGGAUCUCAACUCAGAGAGGACGGACAGGUGUGACCACACCCCUCCACCAAUCACAGGAAGCAGCAAAAACAACCUGCAGGGCCAAGACAGAGAGAUGAUGGUCGAGGAAGAGUGAGAGAGCGGAAUUUUUUAGAUGGUUUUAAAGGGAUGGUUCACCAAAAAAAAGGAAAUUCUGUCAUUGUUUUUGUUGUGCAAAUAACCGAAUAGCUUUUUGCACAAUCUUUACAUACUCCAAAAAGCACCAUAAACGUGGUCCAUAUGACUUGUUUGCUCUAUUCCAAUACGUUUUAUUUUAGUGUUACUUAUGCUAUCAUAGUAUAAAUUAAUA